CGCCCACAGCCUUCGGCCGCACCGGCUGUUCACCUUCUCGAAUUUCUUGUACUUCUUCUACCUCGUUCGUCGACAUGUCCGGCCGUGGCAAGGGAGGCAAGGGGCUCGGCAAAGGCGGAGCUAAGCGCCACCGCAAGGUCCUUCGCGACAACAUCCAGGGCAUCACUAAGCCGGCGAUCCGCCGCCUCGCCCGACGCGGCGGCGUCAAGCGCAUCAGCGGUCUCAUCUACGAGGAGACCCGCGGCGUCCUCAAGAUCUUUCUCGAGAACGUCAUCCGCGACGCCGUCACCUACACCGAGCACGCCCGCCGCAAAACCGUCACCGCCAUGGACGUCGUUUACGCCCUCAAGCGCCAGGGCCGCACCCUCUACGGUUUCGGCGGCUGAUACUUUCCUAUUCUCCAGGGUUAGGGUUUGCACUAAGAUGUAGCUCCUGAAUCAUGUAAUCAAACAUGUGAAUGCGUUUUUUUUCCUAUCAAGGAUGCACUGCUCAACUCGUUUAAAUUCCCUACAA